GCCCUGCUCUCAAGACCAGAGGCACCAAAAUCCCCCCCACCAGCAGCUCUAUAAAGCUCCUCUUUCCAGACCUGACACUCAGGCAACAGCAGACGCUGACCUGUGUUUGGCAUUGGUGCAACAGCCCCUUGUCCAGCACAGCACUGCUCCCAGCUCCCAGGAUGGAAGCUUGUCACUCUCAAGAACAGUUCAAUAUCACUUCAUAUGAUGCCACAGCUGUGGCCGUUGUCACCCUUGAGGCAUUUGCUGGCAUGUGGAUAAAUGCUUUCAUUGUUUCUGUGAUUUGCAUGGCCUGGGUCAAGAAGAAAACCUUGAACUCUAAUGAGAAGAUCUUGCUGUUACUGGGAUCCUCCCGGUUUUGGUAUUUGUGCAUCUCAUGGGUAUAUUUCUUUCUUUCAAUAAUUUAUCCCCAUUUCCUGUAUGUUCAACCCACACUUCAACUAGCUGCAUCUAUUCAGAGCUUUUUAAGUUAUUCCAGUCUGUGGUUUUCAGCCUGUCUUUGUGUCUUUUAUUGCAUAAAAAUUGCCAAUUUCAGGAACAGCUUCUUCAUCUACCUGAAAGUAAAAAUUGACAGGAUGGUGCCCUGGUUCUUGUUGGGGUCAGUGCUUUUCUCCCUGGUUAUUGGCAUCAUUGUCUAUGAUAUCGCUAAUAAACCGCACUGUAACAACCGCAAUUCCACUGGAAGAGGUAAUUUUUGGAAAGCAAGUAUCAAAAUGGAUAAACAUUUUUUCCCUUCUUUUUUUAUUGCUGGCUUUGGAUAUGCUGUUUCAUUCAUGGCAGUCACCUUUUCUGCUCUUCUCCUUCUCUUUUCCCUCUGGAGACACAAACGCAACAUGCAGACAAACUCCAUGAAGGACCUCAGCAUGGAUGCCCACAUCAAAGCUAUGAAAUCCAUUCUCUCCUUUUUUGUAAUGUACUGCAUCAACUUUGCAUCUUUGAUCUUGACACUGGUUUAUGCCACGAGGAAGGGAAAUCCUGUGACGUUUCUCAUUUUAGUAUUUCAAUACGCUUUUCCGGGUGCUCAUUCACUUAUUCUGAUUUUUGGCAAUCCCAAACUGGAAAAGACAUUGCUAAGGAUUCUGCUCUCUGUGACAUUCAAGGCUUGCAUGAGGUAG